GGAGAGAAGGUGGGUGGGGGGGGUCAAUGUGUUCCCUUCCCUGAAGUUCUGGAAAAGGUUCCAAAGAAACAAGUGACAGCAAGGGCAAGAGACCAAAACUGACUUUCUCUCGUAGGUAAAACUCGAGAGAAGGGACCCUGAUAUAACUGGCAGAAAGUCUCCAGAUUGAGAGGAAGCCACCAGGAGACCCCCAAACACCAGUAUCUCCUCAGAUAAAAGAAAAAGUCCAAGUUGAUCUUGCUCAGGACUAACAUGGACCAAGAUGCCCCAGCCAAGCCCAAAGAAGGAAAGGUCCCCAGCCUAAGAACAAGGUGGAAAAUACUUCUUCUCAUUCUCUGCCUGCUCCACGGUUCAUCCAUGACUCGUCCACAGAGAAGGUCCCAUUCCAGAUGGCUGCCCGCUGGCUCUCCCCAGUUCAGGACCCAUCCCUACCCUGUGGAAGCGCACACAGCUCCUAUACCCCUUUGCUGCUGGAAGAACUCUCUUUCAGGUACAAAUGCAUUGAGAGGCCCGCGGCUGGUGACAGGGAACACUGGAGGAGCUGUCACCAUCCUUUGCCAUUAUGCCCCCUCCUCAGUCAACAGGCAUCAAAGAAAAUACUGGUGCCGCCUGGGGCCUCCAUUGUGGAUUUGCUAUACCAUCGUGUCCACCACCCGAUACACUCACCCUGACUACCGUGGGCGUGUGGCUCUCACUGACCUUCCACAGAGUGGUUUGUUCAUGGUGAGGCUACUCCAAGUGUCCCUGGAUGACAUGGGACUUUACCGCUGCGGCAUAGGAGACCGAAACGACAUGCUGUUCUUCAGCAUGAAUCUGACCGUCUCUGCAGGUCCUUCCAACACUACCUAUGCAGCAGCUCCAGCUUCUAGUGAGCCGGUCACAGCAUCCUCUGGAACAGCAUCCUCAGUCAUCAACAGAUGGACCUCAGGACUCACCCAGAUCCUAGAAGGCCGAGGCUCAGAAUGGAACAAGACAAUUCCAACCACAGGUACAAACAAAACUACAUCUUCGGCCGAUGAAGAACAAACCUUAAGAACAGCCAGGACAACUGUUCCAGGGACAAGCAGCAAAGAGGAGGACCCUAUCAAGGCAGCAGUCCCCACUCCGGAGGGUCCAUCUCCAGAAUCAAGGGGCAUGUCCGGUACAACACAGGGUGCUUGGAUGUGGAGCACCAGGAACUCAGUAACAACUAGCACUACCACGAGUGAGGGUAGGAAGCAAAGCCCAACCCCAGAGACUGAUGGGCCACGACGUGAAACAGACAUCAGCACAUCUCCAGAUGUACCCAGGAAGACCACAGGAACCACAAGGCCGUUGCUCCCCAUCUCAGAGCACAUGACCCGGGAAGCUCUCCAAGAUGAAACAGCAGUGUCUAAGCAACAAAUGCUGUAUUCCCUGGAGGAGUCAUCGCCAGCUCCAAGUGCACAAACCUUGAAUGCCACGUGUAUGGAAGAGGCAUCUGAGGAAAGAAGGAGCAUUGAUGGGAGCCUAGAAAACACUACUGAAGAAAGUAGGCCCUCAACACCAAGCCAGCCUUCAGUAGCAGGCCCUCUGUGGGUUUCUGGCAAGGGACCAUCCAUAAAGAGUGCUUUGACAGCAGGAGAAGGCAACGCUCGGAUCCUGACUCCAGUCUCCUCUGUGCUGGCGCUGCUUCUAAUUGCUGCUCUGGUCCUACUGAAGAGGAGACUUAGAGAGAGGACCUCUCAGAAGACAGAAAGGGUGCCAAGAAUCACUCUAAUUCAGAUGACACCUUUCCUACCAGAGAAGAUCCCUGAUGAGGGAAAGAACUUGCAGCAGAGUGACCUUCUUCCUCCCAGAGCCAGCCUGACCGUCCUGGAGAAGGACCCAGGACCCUGAGGAUAGAAAGGAAGCUAACUGAGUUCAGCCUCCACCUGGAGACGCAGGAGCCUACCAGCUUGGGCCUCAGAAGGUCAGGCAUCCUCCGAAGCUAAAGAUGACAACACAAGGACUCGAAGGAGGCUUUGAGAAGGGGCUUGUGGUCUGGCUGCUCUUCAACUGCCUAGCCUGCUGCCCCUUACAAGCUUUUCUUUCAGAGAGGGGUGUGCUGGGGGUGGGAUACAAGGACUCUCCCUUAUCGGCAGUGUGGGUCACUGCUGCCUCUGGGUACCUUUCCUUCUCUCUGCCUGUUAGUACUAGGCCUGCCGCUCACAUUCAACCGUGUUCUCCUACCCCAGGCUUGCCUGAGCAAACACAACCAUAGCUCCUUAAGGACAUGAAUCAUAUUUUAUCUAUUUCAUUACACCUCCAGUGAGACUUCUGUAAAUUAAAUGCCCAUGACUAUUUAGACGGGGAUGGCAUGGGCUUAGUGGGCACUGAGGAUCCUCCUGGCAAGAACUCUGAACACCCGAGGGUCUCCAUUCAUUUUGUUUGGGAGUUCACGAGAUGCUUGUGUCAGUAGGUGGUUUCCGCAUGAGACCGGAGGAAAGAGCAUCACUCUUUGUAUCAUAUCUCCCUAUUUGACUCUGUCCUCAUUACGCUGUAGGUCCUUUGGCCAUGUCAAGAUUUUCUGGGAUUUCCCUAAAUGAUGGGAGAAGGGGGUACUUUUCAUUAUCAAUCUCCUCUUGUUCCACUGUUUAUGAAUCUUUGGUAUCAAAGGCUGUGGACAAGACUGAGGAUGGUUUGGGAAAGACAGAAGGACAAAUGAGAGGAAUUUUAUGUGGAUUCUGUCUUAUAACCAUAUCUAUUGGGGAGAUUUUGCCCACUGUUGACCACACCAUCUUUUCAGGAAUCGCAUAUAUAUUUUUGUUUUUGGCCAGUUAUGCGAGCACGUGCUCUGCAGUCUGUGUUUGGGCACUGUGAGCAUCGAGCAACGUAAGCUGUGAGGGAGAAAGAAAGUCCCAGCACCAACUUAAGAACUGUCACACUGACAUUCCCAGAAGGCUCUGCCUUGCCUUCUAAGCUGUCAGUGGCAUUAAAGUCCUUCAGAAAUACCUAUUCGUGCCUAUGACCCCAGAUACUGUACCAAGAAAGCCAAUGGAAAUAUCCUCUGCCCUGAUGGAAAACCUGCCAUAAAUUAAUAGGCAGACUGAAUGUAUCUAGCCAGGAAGAAACACAAACCCGUGGAAGCUUAAUCUAGAACAGUGGUUCUCAACCCAUGGGUCAUGACCCCUUUGGGUGGCGUGUCAAAUGACCCUUUCCCAAGGGUCAUGCAUCAGAUAUCCUGCAUAUCAGAUAUUUAUAUUAUGAUUUAUAACAGUAGCAAAAUUACAGUUAUGAAGGGGCAACAAAAAUAAUUUUAUGGUUGGGGGUCACCUCAACAUGAGGAACUGUAUUAAAGGGUCACAGCAUUAGGGAGGCUGAGAGCCACUGUGUUAGAGGGAAUCUGAGGCCUGGUGGAAGCAGUCACUUGUUGGAAGUCACUCAGGUAACAAAGCUAGUGAAAUGUGAAAGAGAGAGAGAGAGAGAGACAGAGAGACAGAGACAGAGAGUCAGAGACAGAGAGAGACAGAGACAGAAAGACAGGGAUAGAGAGACAGAGAGAGACAGAGAGCUUGACUUCGUGUCUUUCCACAUCACCACCGCAGUAUAAACAAAGCAAAGUUUGUCAAAAGUAUGUCACACCACAAACAUUGCUCUAGACUAUGCCCCGCCCACAAUCUCAGCUUGCCUGAGAAACCAAUGAGAGAGAUGGAACAGCCACUAUUGCCUCACUCCAUCAGUGAGCCAGCAGUUCUUGCCGGGUACAUAAUUCAGCCAAGACCACUUCAUUUACAGAUGCCUGGGAUGGGUCAAAAGUUCAGGCUGGUUGGUGUGCCUAACCAAUCAGUCUUCACUGGGAAUAUCCAUUGAACAUCGCGUCUAGGGAUGUUACGAGGUAGUGAGAGGAAAUUAAGUUGUAGCUCUAAGACCUUUGGGGAGUGCUAGAUUAAUCAACGGAUUCUCACACGCAGGGCUUUUCAGAGCAUUAGCUAUCCAAGGGGAAAUGCUGAGUAACUGAGAGGAGGGUCAUGAUGGACCCUGGACAAUUGUGCUUGGCAAAGCAAUCUCAUCAGUCUGGAUCUCCUUAGAUCAUCCAUUAGGGAAGCCAAUACAUUAAACCAAGGCACGGUCAACUUUUCCUCCAAGGGUCACAACAGCAAAUCUUAGAUUUGACAAUUCAGUCAAAGCAGCCACCUCAGACCCACCUCUGUAGCUAGAGAGGGUAUAUGGACCACUGGCUAGUCUACAUUCCAGAAAAACUUUCAUAGAAACAGGAAGCUGCAUUAGGCCUUCAACCAUAAUUUGCAAUGCCUGUAUUAAGCUAUAAGACUCCACAGACCACACACACACACACACACACACACACACACACACACACACACGUCCGGGAAGAUCAGACCUGUCUCCUCAGGUGCUUCCUGCUCCUCCCUCCUCUGAACUCUUCUAAUAUGUUUUUGUCCUGAACUGAGCAGCUGUGGUGCCCUGUCUUGCUGCCCACCUUAGUAGAAGAGGGGAGUAGGAGGGAAUGGGCCCCGGCAGUGAGACAGUGGAGCCAGGGUGGUUUUCAGGAGUGGAGGUGCUUUAAAGGAACCGCAGACCGACCAGGAGGAAUCGCAGUCUCUGGCCCUGGUGUUUGGAGGGAGGCAGGGAUAAACGAGAUCCGAGUAAAUGCCAGGAGAAGGAAGUAGGGCAAGUUCUGUUGACAGUUCUCCUUUAUGGCCCAAAGGAACUACACGUGAAUGGGACAGGCUAAGCUUAAAGGGCCAGAGACAAACUACACAGAGCAGACCAACUCCACCAGCACCGUGCUCCUGCCACUGCAGCAAGGGGCAGGGAACCCCCACUUACCAAGCUAGAAAGUCAGAGGCACUGCCGUGGGCCACUUCCCUCCCAGGGUUCAGGGAUGUCACUGAUUUUCACAAGAUGAAACAGUUGGGCACAGCUCUCCAACGCUCCUCUUUCUACUCACUAAUGUAGCUAACUUCUCCUCCACAUGUCUCUGCACAGCUCAUUCUAUCUGCAUUAGAUGCCAUAUUUCUAAAGAUAAUGGUGGCCCUUCCCAUCUUAGGGAUGAGGAAACUGAGAAAGGGAAAAUCUCAUACUGCCAAGGGAAAGAAAGACUGUGGCCUCCCUGCAGUCUCGAUCCUCAACCACGACUACUUUGUCUACCGUCUUGUUUGUAUUUGUUGAUAGUUGUAAUUGAGGACACAAUAAAGAAACCACUGAAAUGAC